UCUUUUGAACGCUACAAAAAGUGUUUUCUACUAAUAAAACGUAUUUAAUCGUAAAAUCUCGAAAAUAAGCCAUUAAAGUAUACAUAACAUCCAAUCAUUAUUGGAUUUCUUUAGUUUGAGUUGAAUUAUAUCAAUAAAACUUGAUUUGUUCAAAAUUUACUUCAUAAAACGAGUUAAAUAAAACUUAACCUACAAAAUGGUGAAAUUAACAUCAGAAUUAAUAACACAAUCCAUGCAAUAUAUAAAUCCUGUACGAGACCGGGAAUUAGAUUUAAGAGGUUAUAAAAUACCACAAAUCGAGAAUUUGGGUGCCACAUUAGAUCAGUUUGAUACAUUGGAUUUUUCCGAUAAUGAUAUAAGAAAAUUGGAUAAUUUUCCAUAUUUAAAGCGUUUGAAAUGCUUAUUAAUGAAUAAUAAUCGAAUUGUACGCAUUGCUGAAGGCUUAGAAGAAUGUAUACCAAACCUAGAAAGUUUGAUAUUAACUGGAAAUCAAAUUGAAGAAUUAUGUGACAUUGAUCCAUUAAUUCCGUUAACAAAAUUAACAACAUUAAGUUUACUCCACAAUCCAAUCACAGCCAAAGCCCAUUAUCGUUUAUAUAUUGCAUUUAAAUUGCCACAAGUCACAUUAUUAGAUUUUUGUAAAAUACGGCAAAAAGAACGGGAAGAAGCAAAUACAUUAUUUAAGAGUAAAAAAGGCAAAGAAUUACUAAAAGAAAUAUCUAAAAAAGCGAAAAUUUCUGCUAAUAUUAAUAUAUCUGAUGCCAACAAAGGUCAUUCGAAACAAGAAUUAUGGAAAAUUCGUGAUGCUAUUGGUAAGGCCACAUCUUUAGACGAAGUUGAAAGACUUAGUCAACAAUUACAAGCAGGACACAUACCGGAUAUGGGACAUCAUCAUCGAAAUGGUGGUCCAAGUCAUUCUAAUGGAUCCCAUAUGCAUGACGAUGAAGAAAUGGAAACAGAUGGUCGUCAUUAACAUUCGUAAAGUGGUACAAAAGCGCGAUUGAGGUGGUAUUUAUAAUUAAUUAAUUAUAUUUUUAAGAAAAAUAGUAUGUAAGCUGAUAAGAAUUGAAAAUUGUGUUACUACAAAUACUUACUUUUUGAUAAGAAUAGAAGAUUAUAUUAUAAAUUCUUUUUAUUACUAGAGAGAACAAUUAUCGAAUUUGUAUAAUUAGAUUAUGAUUUCCAAUGAAUUAUUUUUUGAUUUUGUUAAAUAAAAAUUACAUUUUUUUUCUGUAAAUUAAUUUUUUGGCAUAAUAUAAUCUCUAGGGUUUUCGAGAAGCGAUAUAAACAUAUUUAUUUUACUACACACUAAAAAAAAAAGGUUACAAAAAGAUAGAAAAAAUGAAACAGAAUUCAUGAAUCCUGGAAAUUGGAUACUUUUUUGGCACAUUUAAAACAAAAAAUGAUUUUAUUUAUUUUACUACACCCUGCUCUGGCGUUAAAGGGAAUGAAGCAGCAGACUCGUUGACGCGAGAGAGAUUGUCUCAAACGCCUCUUUCAUCUGAGCUUGUAGUUUCCAUGGAAAGAUGCUUCGUAAUUUACCGAAUCAAGGAAUGGCAAACUGUGUACAACCACAGCGCCAGGUCAUUCGAUUGUGCUCGCCUGAAGCUCUCUUGAUCAUAGUUGAGAAGGGUGGUGGAAAUUUCGAAGGAAAAGCUGUGGGCUUUCUGUGUGGCGUCUGGCCUCGGCUUACUUCAAAUAACACCUUUCAUCCGGAGAUUUCUCGCUUUUGGGUGACAGGUUGUUCUCAAGGAGGGGGGUACAGAGAUCCCUUUGGUCUAGUUGCUAGGGAUCACAUUGCGGUACCCUUCUUUUGUUGUAUUAUUAUUAUUACUGCACACUAAAAAAGGUUACGAAAAAAUAGAGAAAAUGAAACAGAACCCUUGAAUCCUAGAAAUUUCUUCCAGAAGUAUAAUAUUAACAGUAUGUAUGAUUUUGAAAGAAACCUUUAAAUCCCGUAUUUCCUAAAAAUCACCUAAAACUUAAUUCUAAAGAAAAUUUAACAUGUGAAAAUGCCUUCAUAAAGAAAAUUUAACCUGUUUCCCAUCAUUUAAAAAUUACA